CUACGGGUGCCGACAAUGGCCACUGUCAGGGCCAAGGGAAACACCCGCCGCCACGCGCGGCCUCGCUGGGGACUUUUUGGGAGCUUGGGGCCACCGUCGGCCCCACUUCCGGUUUCUCUCGCGGCUCCUUCCGGGUUCUAUCACGUGCUCUGCUCGGCCAUGGGUUGGGAGGAAGUCUCGGUGCGCGGCUACGCGGAGCUGGAUCGGGUGGUCCGGGAGAAGCGCAAGGCCGGCUGCGCGAUCUUCGUUUACUUCAGCGGCGAUAAAGACCCGGCCACCGGCAUCAGCUGGUGCCCGGACUGCGUCAAGGCUGAACCCAUCGGGCGGGCUGAGCUCCAGAACCUGCCGGAUGGAGCUGUGUUCAUUUACUGCCAAGUAGGAGACAGAGCCUACUGGAAAGAUCCUGAUAAUGAAUUCAGAAAGAAUCUUAAGCUGACAGGAGUGCCUACGCUUCUCAAAUAUGGAACUCCUCAAAAGCUGGUGGAGGAAGAGUGCUUUAACCCUGAACUUGUGCGGAUGCUGUUUCAGGAAGACUGAUUUUUGUGCUUGUCAGAGGCUAUGUUAAAAGGGACCAUAAUCAUGUCUUAAACUGCAGACAAAUGUAAUAGUGAUGUUGAAACAAUGGGUUUAAAUAAAAAAUUUUCAAAAACCAAA